UCGCCCCUCUCUCUCUCUCUCUCUCUCAUCUUCCUCGAACCCUAAAAAGCCGACUCUCGCGGCCGAUCCAAAACCCUCUCUCACCGCCGUUGAAUCCGAGGCUCGAUCUCGGGUGCGGCUACCCCGCUCGAUCCCUCGCCCUUCGCAAUCUUCUCUCCUCUCGAUUCAAGAAGCAGACAUGGCGGGAUUGGCACCAGAAGGCUCCCAAUUUGAUGCUCGUCAAUAUGAUGCCAAAAUGAGUGAGCUGUUAUCGACAGACGGCCAGGAGUUCUUUACAAGCUAUGAUGAGGUUUACGAAAGUUUUGAUGAUAUGGGGCUCCAGGAAAAUCUUCUGAGGGGCAUUUAUGCGUAUGGUUUUGAGAAACCUUCGGCAAUUCAGCAAAGGGGAAUCGUGCCCUUCUGCAAAGGGCUUGAUGUUAUUCAGCAAGCACAAUCAGGGACUGGAAAGACUGCAACUUUUUGUUCUGGAAUUUUACAACAACUUGAUUAUAGUCUGGUUGAAUGCCAGGCUUUGGUUCUGGCUCCAACCAGAGAGCUCGCUCAGCAGAUCGAGAAAGUCAUGCGAGCACUUGGCGACUACUUGGGUGUGAAAGUUCACGCAUGUGUUGGAGGAACAAGUGUGCGUGAGGACCAGCGGAUUCUUUCAAGUGGGGUCCACGUUGUGGUGGGGACGCCAGGUCGUGUGUUUGACAUGUUGAGGAGGCAGUCUCUCCGUCCUGACCACAUUAAGAUGUUUGUGUUGGACGAAGCUGAUGAAAUGCUUUCACGAGGUUUCAAGGACCAGAUUUACGACAUCUUCCAGCUACUUCCCUCCAAGAUUCAGGUGGGAGUGUUUUCUGCCACUAUGCCACCUGAAGCCCUGGAAAUCACCCGCAAGUUCAUGAACAAGCCCGUUCGCAUCCUUGUGAAGCGUGACGAGCUCACCCUUGAGGGAAUCAAGCAGUUCUACGUCAACGUAGAGAAAGAAGAAUGGAAACUCGAAACCCUGUGCGACCUUUAUGAAACCCUAGCCAUCACCCAGAGUGUCAUCUUCGUCAACACCCGCCGCAAGGUCGACUGGCUCACCGACAAGAUGCGCAGCCGCGACCACACCGUCUCCGCCACCCACGGUGACAUGGACCAGAAUACCCGGGACAUCAUCAUGCGUGAAUUUAGAUCGGGCUCUUCUCGCGUGUUGAUCACUACCGAUCUUCUUGCCAGGGGUAUCGACGUCCAGCAGGUCUCCCUCGUGAUAAAUUACGAUUUGCCCACCCAGCCUGAGAACUAUCUGCACCGUAUUGGACGAAGCGGUAGGUUUGGGAGGAAGGGUGUGGCAAUAAACUUCGUGACUCGCGAUGACGAGCGGAUGCUGUUUGAUAUCCAGAGGUUUUACAACGUGGUGAUCGAGGAGCUGCCAUCCAAUGUCGCUGACCUCCUCUGAGGAGUCAUCUUUCCUUUCACCAAGUCCAGGUACUCUGUGUUUAACUUAUUUAGGUCUGCUUUUUGUUCUUCGUUUAAAAUUGAAGCCACCUCUCCUUUUGGCAUUAUCGUUUUAAGGGUUGAAUCUAUGUAAUGUUUUUUUAGUGGGAGUCAAUUGUUUUAUGCGAUGUUUGGAAAUUUUUGUAGCAGUCAUAUUAUUAGAUUGUGCUGUUUCUCGCCGUGCUUUCCA